AUGCUUAAACGAAAAGCCGGGGCAGCCGGGGGGAAUGAUGCCAAGAAGCCAAAGGCAAACGGAAACAUCGCCUCGUUUUUUGGCGCUCCAAAGCCAGGAGCAAAAGGCUCAGGUGCUGAGGCACCAGCCCUCAAGUUUGACAAACAGAAAUGGGUCGACAGCUUGACGCCCGAACAGAGAACCCUCCUCCAGCUAGAGAUUGAAACGCUGCACGAGAGUUGGCUCGCCCACUUGAAAGAUGAUAUUACGACCACUCAGUUCCUGGACUUGAAAAAAUUCCUGCAGGCAGAGACGAAGGCAGGACGAAAGUGGUACCCUCCAGCAGAGGAUGUUUACUCUUGGUCACGACAUACCCCCUUCAAUGAAAUUAAAGUGGUCAUUGUUGGCCAAGAUCCAUACCACAAUGUCAAUCAAGCGCACGGCAUGGCCUUCUCGGUUCGACCUCCGACUCCUGCACCCCCGUCGCUUAAGAACAUGUAUGUCGCGUUGAAGAAGGAUUACCCAGCGUUUGAGGUACCUCCAAACCGAGGUGGACUCUUGACUCCUUGGGCCGAUCGAGGUGUACUCAUGCUCAACACCUGCCUUACUGUGCGCGCGCACGAAGCCUUUUCUCAUUCGAACCGGGGAUGGGAGGCAUUCACCGAGAAGGUCAUCAAACUCAUCAACCAGAAGCGCACACGGGGUGUUGUCUUCAUGGCUUGGGGUACACCUGCGGGUAAGAGAGUUCAGAAGGUUGACAAGACCCGUCAUCUUGUUCUUAAUUCCGUCCACCCCAGCCCUCUCAGUGCGAUGAGGGGCUUCUUUGAUUGCGGCCACUUUAAGAAGGCCAAUGCCUGGCUGAUUGAGCGAUAUGGUGACGAUGGUGAGAUUGACUGGGCCUUGAAUCCGGACAAUACCACCUUGUCGAAACCUCGUAAAGAGGAACAGAAGACCCCGGAGCAGAAGGCCCCAGAGAAGAAGGCUCCAGAGGCAAAGACGCCGGAAAAGAAAGUCCCAGAGAAAAAGGACGAGUUUGAUGAAACUGAUAUACUCAGCGAUGAUGAGGAGGCUCUAGCUGAGGCACUCAAUCAGGCUGAGGAACAAGUCAAGAAGCAAACGAAGUCGUCAUAA